ACACUGAAAGUGUACAUCUAAUGAAGUGGACUUUCGUUGAAAGAUUCCCGCUCGGAUGAGGUGACCGGAAUGCUGCUGUGCUCUUUCAGUCCCUGAUCCGUUAACGGCCGCCACAGGCGAGAGACGAGGAAGAGGAGAGAUAGGGGGAGGGGAGUCUGAGCCGCCCAGAGAUAGAGAGAGAGAGAGAGAGAGAGAGAGAGAGAGAGAGAGAGAGAGUGUUUGAACAGGAAAACCACUGAAGAGAAUUCCAAGCACCUGUUCAUCUGCUAUGAUCCAGAGUCAUGGAUAUUAACCUGCAGUCACACCGAUUCUACUUCCCACAGAUGUACUGUGAGCCCGGCGUUCAGGUCACCGAGGUGAAGAUCAGUGAGCAGAGUAUUUGUCAGGCGCGCGCCUCCGUCAUGGUCUACGAUGACACCAGUAAAAAGUGGGUGCCGAUUAAACCAGGUCAGCAGGGCUUCAGUCGAAUCAACAUCUACCACAACACAACCAAUAACACAUUCCGUGUGGUGGGCGUCAAACUCCAAGACCAACAGGUUGUCAUCAACUACUCCAUAGUGAAGGGACUCAAGUACAACCAGGCGACUCCAACCUUCCACCAGUGGCGUGAUGCGCGGCAGGUGUACGGUCUGAACUUCGCCAGUAAAGAGGAGGCGACUACAUUCUCCAACGCCAUGCUGUUCGCCCUCAAUGUCCUAAGCACACAAGACGGAGGUCCUGCUGUCCAGCGUCAAGUCCAGAAUGGACCCAGCACAGAAGAACUGGAGGUGCAGAGAAGGCAAAUGGAGAUGCAGGCACAUAUUGAGCGGGAGAGACGAUCAUCCAACUCAGGUUCCCCGUUUCAGGGUCACCCAGCCGUUCUGUCAGUAGCUCCACCCACUGUAGUGCCGCCCCCUCUGUCGAUGGGCGGGCCGUGUCCUCCUCCUCCGCCCCCUCCAGGACCGCCGCCUCCCUCAGCUGGAGCUCCGCCCCCUCCUCCUCCUCCUCUGCCUGUGGGGGGGUACGGAGCAGCACAGGACGUUUCUCAAGCGCCCACCGGCCUCGCUGCCAUGAUCGCUGGAGCCAAACUGCGUCGCGUGCAGAGGCCUGAGGAAAACUCUGCGUCUGGUGCCAAAAACGAUGCCAACCGGACGAGUGGAGGCAGUGGAGGACUGAUGGAGGAGAUGAACGCGCUGCUCGCUCGGAGACGGAGAGCAGUAGAUGAAAAGAAAGAUGGAGACGGCCAGAAUGAUGAUCCAAACUCGCCGUCACCCAUGUCCCGUGGUCAGAAUGCGUCAGAUGGUGUGAAGAAGCCGUGGGAUCGAGCAAACUCUGCAGAGAGAUCAGCACUGGUGUCCAGGGUUCGACCGGUGGGAAGCAUCAGUGACUCAGACGCCUUAGACUUUGACAGAAUGAAACAGGAAAUUUUGGAAGAAGUUGUUCGUGAAUUACACAAAAUGAAAGACGAGAUCAUUGAUGCCAUUAGACAUGAACUCAGUAGAAUUAGCACAACAUAAUGUUCAUCCCCUCAUGAUUCAUCAGUACUGAGACCCAAAUGACCUGCAGAACCUGCUGUAGCUCACCAGAGAAGAUGAUGAUCUGAUGAUGUCCAUCAACGUUACUGCCAUAUUAAAGCUGACGGAUGGUUUUGCUCUAACAUGACGGGAACGUUGAGUUUAGAUGCGAUGCGUGAAGAAGGACACUUGCACUGAUUUACUGUAUUCUACUUUACAUUGAUCUUUGGUGACAGUCUACAAAGUCUUUUACAGAAACUGAGAAAACACAGGAGUUUUUCUUUUCAUUUCUGUCUGUAUUAUUAUUAUUAUAAUGUGGUAUUAUUAUUAUUAUUAUUAUUAUUAUAGUAGUAGUGUUUUCAUGUAGGUAGUUUUAGACAUAGAAACUAGGUCAAUAAUAAUAAUAAAAAUAGUAAUUAUAAUAAUAAUAUCAUUGCACAUCAGAGUUAUCCUUUUAUAUUUUUAUUAUUAUUAUUUUUUCUUUGCUUGUGUUAAAAGGUUCAUUAUAAGCACAUUUUCAGUUUAUUUCUCAUCACCUCUCGGUAAGUAGUUUUUUUAAAGAGUUUUUUUUAGCCAUAGAAUAAUUUGUAUUUAAUGACAUAUAUAUUUUUUUCUCAGUUUUAAAUGGAAAAUGCAGCAUAAGAGUUUCCACUGUUAUUACAAUCUAAUGAAAACAACAACAACAACAAAAAAACAUCAGUACACCAGAGUAUUUGUGAUCAUGUUGUUAAUAAAAUGUUUAUUGCCUGCAAGGACAUGGUGAAGUAUUGUUUUGUUUUAUGAUUUCUCUGUUUUGAACAAGUGCUUCCUGGUUUGGAAAUAAAAAUAAAAUAAAUAAAAGUGUGAAGGAUGUCUUGGAUAAAUGAGCUGAUGUUCUUACUUGUGAAAAUAAUGCAAGAUUACAUAUGAUUAAAUUAUU